AUGUGGUCGUUAGAGAUGGGCUUGGGAGGCGAGAGAGAAGAGGUCUAUAUAGUUUCAUCGAAGGGCCCGGUCAGCAGCAAGAGAGGAGGAGAUAAGCGUCGAGGCAAGGCAAGAAGAAAGCGAAAGCUGCUGACUGUCAUCAUGUUCUCCGGACUCCUGUUUGGCGGCGUUCGAAAGGUCAGUGCAUGUUCCGGCUAUAGUCUUACACGGCCGCUUCGCCGUAAUUGCGCAAUAUUGGGACAACAGAGCGCUGCUGCCGUGCGCAAAAGUGAUUUUCUCGGUGAUGACUUUGCGAAAUUCGGCUCGGACACACGGUUAUCUAUUUGCGACGAGUGCAUCUUCGUACCAACACCGAAGCUCAAAAGCGAAGCUCGGAUCAGUAGACACUCACAAUGUUUGUCGGCUGUAGCGUCCGUUGAUCUCCUUGUUCCGGUCUACCGGAUCCUCAUCGCAGCACGUGGCUCAGUGCAAAGCCGAAGAAGUUACGCCACACCGUGA